AUGGCCGCUCCCAAGAUUACACUCUACUUCGACAUCGUGAGCCCGUUCGCUCAUAUAGCCUUCCAUGUAUUGAGACACUCUCCCACAUUUGCCAAGUGCGACAUUACAUAUGUGCCCAUUUUCCUGGGGGGGUUGAUGAGGGCAUGUGAAAAUACUCCGCCCAUCCAGAUCACGAACAAAGCGCAAUGGAUCAACCGAGAACGGCGCCGCUGGGCCCGCUACUUCUCCGUUCCCAUGGUUGAACAGACACCGGCAGGCUUUCCGCCCUUGACUCUGGCUCCGCAGCGUGCUCUGUGCGCCGUCUCGCAAAAGGCGUCGGAACGCUUUCUUCCCACUGUCGACGCGCUCUUUCGGUCCUACUGGAUUGAAGGAAAUAGCCAGAUCGGACAGCCUGAUGGGUUCGGCCCCGUCCUGGAGAAAGUGCUCGGCAAAGAAGGCGCAGAGCAGAUCCUCAAGGCUAUGAGCCAGGUUGAGGUCAAAUCGCUCUUGUCGGCCAACACGGAUCGUGCGUUCAAGUCCGGUGCCUUUGGAAUUCCUUGGUUCGAGUGCACAAACUCCGAGGGUGAGACAGAAGGGUUCUGGGGAGUCGACCAUCUGGGCCAAGUCGCCGAGUUCUUGGGACUGGAUCGCAGUCUGGACAAAGGUUUCCGGGCGGUACUGUAG